CAGCAGGAAUCAUGACUCGGAAAGAUGGAUAUAGCCGCAACAAAAUGAGCACGUACCUACUGCCAAUUUUAAUCUUCGACAAUGAUUAUCCAAUUCAGAGCAGCACUGGCACACUCACUAUUCGUGUGUGUGCCUGCGACAGUCAGGGAAACAUGCAGUCUUGCACUGCAGAAGCCUUGGUCCUCUCGGCUGGCCUGAGCACCGGGGCUCUCAUCGCCAUCCUCCUCUGUGUGCUCAUCCUUCUCGUUUUGGUUGUGCUGUUUGCUGCUUUGAAGAGGCAAAGAAAAAAGGAACCUCUGAUCAUUUCAAAAGACGAUGUCCGGGACAACAUCGUGACCUACAAUGAUGAAGGCGGAGGGGAAGAAGACACCCAAGCUUUUGACAUUGGCACGUUAAGGAAUCCAGAAGCAAGGGAAGACAGUAAACUCAGAAGGGAUGUAAUGCCUGAAACUAUUUUUCAGAUACGGAGGACUGUGCCUCUGUGGGAAAAUAUCGAUGUACAAGAUUUUAUCCAUCGAAGAUUAAAAGAAAAUGACUCAGACCCAAGUGCACCCCCUUACGACUCACUGGCCACAUACGCCUACGAAGGGAAUGAUUCCAUAGCUGGUUCACUCAGCUCUUUAGAAUCUCUCACGGCAGAUUGUAACCAGGAUUAUGAUUAUCUCAGCGACUGGGGGCCUCGUUUUAAAAAACUUGCUGAUAUGUAUGGGGGUGAUGACAGCGACCGAGAUUAAGAGUACCGUAUGACCUGAUCCAUGUUAGUGGACGUAUUCUCUUUGUAACUAGACUGAGUGGCCUGCAUU